AUGACCUCCAACAACUCGUCAAUAACACCUUCUUCCAUUCUCGACCAAUUUCCUCCCUCUCCCUUCUAUGAAGAUUCAUUAUUGUAUCCUUCAGCUGUCUUUCAAACUCUUUCAAAUCUCCUCUCCAACAACACGAGCAACAACAACUCUUCGAAUAUUAAUUCUUUCAACAACACUUUCUCUUCAUCACCCUAUGCAACAGUCUAUUUGGGAGGAAUUCUCACCUCUCGUGUCGAAUUAUUGGACAAUUCCUACAUUUCUCCAGUCUCGUGGACAUUGUUUGCAGUGUUUACAGUUUGGUUUUUCAUCUUGUUGGCUUUGGUGCUUUGGAGAAGAAAUUAUCAACCGGUGAAGGCGAGAGAUGUGUUUUUGAUGAUUGUGAGUUUGUUUGCGACGUUUUUUGUGAGUGUGAUGGUGACAUUUAGAUUUUCAUUUGGUCGGUAUGAUUUUCCUUGUUUCUUCUUUACGUUCUUGUUGAUUUUGGCAUAUCCGGGAUUGUUUUUACCUUCUAUUUUGAGAUGUUGGAGAUUACUCUUCGUUUAUCUUCUCAGCAAACACAAACAAAAAUUCACAAGUAUCGUCGAACGAAGAGACUCUGUAUUUAAGAAAUUAAUUCCACUCGGAAAUGUUUCCAAUAGUGGUGGUGAACAAAACAAACAAAGUUCAAACAGCAACAACUCCAAUCCAGUCAUUGCUCAGUCACCUUCUUUGGUUCAAGUCGAUUCUGGAACAACUCUCACUACCGGCAGUAGUGUCACAACACCUGCCACUCCUCUCGGAAUCAACGGUGGUAAUGAAACUCCAACGUCAAAUGUCAUUGAGGAUGAAGAAGAAGAUAAAAACACAACCAUUGCAAGUGAAAUGGAUGGAAUCGAAGAUGAAGACAUUAUCGAUUUUGAAGAUGAAAAAGAAGUCGCUCCUUUCGACAAGAACAAAGUCAAACGUGUGUUGGACAUUUAUUCCAUUUUAGGAGGAAAGUUAGUCCUUUCUGGAAUUAUUAUUGGUGUCUAUGCCAUCCACUUGAUUAUUUUUUUAGUUUUAAUUUUGACCGAUUUGAAAUAUUACAACACUCAUCCAUUUCUUUGGGGUUGUCCAACAGGUACAAGAGCAUAUGCUGUUUUUGCAUUGACUGCCUUUUAUGUCAUUAUUGCUUACAUCAUGUUAUUCACAGUCACAUUCUUGGUGAAAGAGAAUUGGUUUAUUCGUAUUGAAGUUUUCCUUGUCAUGACCUUUUGGUUGAUUGAUGUGCUAAUUUUCUUAAUUUUUGGAGUUGUUUCAACCUAUGGGAGAUAUGCAGAACAUUCCUUCCCGGCUGGAUGGGUGGUUUUAAUUGCCAUUGUUUUCGAUAAUACUUGUUCGUGUUUGAUUCCUGUCAUUUUGUCAUUUUACACAUCGAGAUUUGCAUGGGCCGAUCCUACACAGGCAGGCUCUGACGAUUCACUCUCACACACUGAAAUUCGUGAAAUUUUGUUUGACAAGAAGGCAAGACAAUUGUUUAAAAACUUUGCCAUUGAGUCAUUUGUACCUGAAGGAAUUUUGUUUUGGGAAGAUGCACAUGCAUUUAAGAGAGUUAAGGGUCGUGAGAAGAGAAAACGUUUUGCACAAACCAUUUUGGAGAAGUAUGUGAAAUAUGGAGCCAAAUUGGAACUCAAUUUACCGAAUCGAUCGGCUUGGGAAAAUGAAAUUUUGCAUCUUUUAGAAGGAAAGAGUAUUCCAAAUACUGUUUUCCUCAAGUUGGAGGCCCACGUCGAAAGAGACAUGCUUGAUAUUUUUGUGAGAUACAAGAGAACACAAGAAUAUAAGAAAUCCAAGACUGAAAUUGAAAAUAAGAAGAAGGAAGUUGAAGCUCAAAAGCAAAUGGGUAUGAGAUAG